AUGGGCACCAGGGAUAUAGCCGAGACUGACCCCAAGAAUGAGAAGGAACUCACCUCAGUGGUGCAGAAACUCCUGCAGCAGAUCCAAGAUAAAUUUCAGACCAUGUCUGACCAGAUCAUUGGGAGAACUGAUGAUAUGAGUAGUUGCACUGAUGAUCUGGAAAAGAACAUCGCAGAUCUCAUGACACGGGCUGGGGUGGAAGAACUGGAAAGUAAAAACAAGAUACCUGCCACACAAGAGGUGAAGGUUGCUAAUAAUUUAUACUGA